GAGGGGCGGCACACAUAGAGAGGAGCUCUCGGCCGAUUCUUGGAUCUCGAUUCCCGGGGGGUUCGAGCGCGCGGCCGUAAGACUUGGGCGCCUCCUUCGCCGCCUUCCUCAAACGAGCUUCGCACUUGGUCAGAAGGAAAGCAGGGGAAGACUAUUGAAAGCUUCAGUGACAAUUACCAACAACGAGGCGCAGAGAUGAAGUCAUUGCUGUCAGUUUGCGUGAUCUUGCUAGCAGUUGGGACUACUAAUUGUGGCCCAAUCGGCAAAAACGAGGCCCUGGAAGAGCUCAGUCCUCUCAACGAAGUUUAUGUUAUUCAGAAUGACGACGAGGACAGAAGCGACAGGGAUAAAAGAAAAAUUGGCAUUGUCAAACUUGGAGUCUCCAAUGGUAUCAUCAAUUUCGUUUUCGGGAAGUUGGACGCUUUCCUGGACGCAAAAACGAAAGCAUUGACGAUACUAGAUGAGGGUAACAGAGCCAAAAACGUGGCUUUCAAUAUCGACGGGUCCAGGUCGGCGACCAGUGAGUUCAUCGGCAAAUACAUCGCCGCGAAACUGAAAGGAUCGACUGGUAGUGUGGGGCCACUUUUAAACGCAGGAACGACCUUCCUAAGUAGUGCCAAGCAAGGCAUUGCCGGAGCUUUCGCCUCAAAGUUCGCGCCUCUCAGCGCAUUAUCCGGCGGCUUGUCUGGCGGCCUUUCCGCUGGUGGUGGGAGUGGCAACGAUAACAACCAUUCGGGCGGUGGUAGUGACAGCGGCAGCUUCCUGUCCGGCAUUAUCGGGAGUCUGAGCAACAGUGCUGGUGGCAGUUCCGGUAAUGGAGUCGAAGAUCCAUCCGACUAUCCGCUCGCCGGUCAAGAGAACAUCGACGUUGGGGGUUACUCCGGUCCUGGCGCUGGGAAGCUUCGUUCAACAACGGAGGAAAAUAUUCCUGAAUUCGACAGGACUAAAGUCUCAUUAGACGUGCCACCGCAAAUUUUUGGUGGAGGCUUCACUAUCAUUACAAACAUUAGUAAAAUUCUCAGCAGCCUAAUAAUGAAUUCAGCAAAAAGGACAGAAAGUGUACUGGAAGUCUUCAAACCAAUUUUUCGAGGAAAAUUCGCUAUAAAAGGACUUCCAUCGGAUAAUCAGAUGCAACAGUUCAAGAAGAAUUAGUAGAUAUAUUUAAUAGAUAUAAAUAUUAAAUAUUGAAAUGAAUCUUCGUUGUUCUACUUGAAUAAUUGAAGAAUGUCCUACUUAACUGGCCACCUAGACUUCACAGGAAGAUGUGUCAUAAUUAUUCAUAGUAAAUGCAUGUAGUGUCCGUA